AUGUGGAUUAAACCGGAAGAAGUAUUAUUAGCCGGGGCUUUGUGGUCUCAGGAGCAGGCUAACCCGUAUUUCGUACUCCAGCAGAGAAAGGGAAAAGGACUGACUGGCUUGCUGGUGGGCACUCUUGAUUCAGUUCUUGAUAGUAGAGCCUCUAACUACAGGAUAUUACAUCAGACUGAAGAUUCUGAUAUAAGCUAUGACUCCUUUGAAUCUAAAUCAGAGAUGAGAGAGUUCAUACUCUGCAAAGUGCAAAGUCUCAUCGCCAACAAUAACAUCAAGAACACGUCAGACAGUAUGUCGAUGGCGACUGUGAAGUUCAGACGACUCUUUAAUAUGCCUGCUGAAGAGAAACUCGUCAGCUAUUACUCGUGCAGUUUGAUAAAGAGUGGAGUGCCUAGACAGGGCUGGAUGUACCUCAGUGUCAAUCACCUCUCCUUCUACUCUUUCAUGUUGGGAAAGGAGGCCAAGUUGAUCAUUAUGUGGGCAGACGUUGUGUAUUCCUUCUCUAUGUUCCUCCAAAUAGAAGCAACCUUCCAACUGAUGCAACAACUCGCCAACAUGGCUAUGAAACAAUUAAUAACUGAAGAAGGAUUCGAAGAAGAUAGAUCACUGCCCCAAAAAGUCAACACCAGAAAACCGAAGAAAUAUUCAGUGAAAAGAGACAUCGAGGCAAGAGUUAGAAGUGAAACAUUUAGGUGGUUAGGAAUUAGUGGAUGGAUGGAUGGAAAAAUGACUGAAAGAAUGAAGGAAUGUAAGAAUGAAAGGAAUGUAAGAAUGAAGGAAUGUAAGAAUGAAAGAAUAUCAUUAUUCAACCUUCCACUGAGCAUACGAUUGGACGGCGAAGCAGAGUGCAUGCUCUGGACCCCUUAUAACAAACAACACGUCUGGGGAAUACUUUACGUGGCUUCCGGAUUCGUCUGCUUCCGGAGUAGAAUACGCAACUUGGUGAGUGUCAUCAUCCCAUUAUCAGAGGCGAACUUUUUAUUCGCGAACCUCCUCGAUAGAGACUUCGUCCUGGAGCGUAUAUCCGACCUGCUCUGCAACCUGCCAGAGUCCGCAACAACUGCAAGCCAGCUCCUCUCGUCAUCCUCAUCAAUGACUUACUCACUCAAGAGUGCUUACGAUGAUGGUGCUGCAGGUGCUGAUGACGAUUGUGCUGGCGGUCUAAGGAGGAGGAGGAGUUUUGGCGAUGGUGGCUGCAGCAUCAGCAGCAGUGGUGGCCACGACGGGUUAAAGUUAACGCCAGCACUGAGGGGUUUGUUCUCGCGGAAGGAUGGAUGGAAGAGGAGGAAUGAAGUUUCAGUGAAGGAGCAAGUUAAGAUGCAACUAUGGAUGGUUCAUUUCGAAGAAUAUGGCAGAGGGGUGAGUAUGUAUAGAACGCACGAGGGACACAACCUCAUCUUGAACGGGGUGCCAGAUGACUUGAGGGCUGAGGUCUGGAUGGUCUCUUCUGGGGCUAUACAUGAGAUGGCAGCCAACCAGGGGUUAUACCGGAAGUUACUUGCGGACACGAGUACGAUGGUGAACUUCACGACGGAGGAGAUAGAGCGUGACCUACAUAGGUCACUGCCCGAACAUCCAGCCUAUCAGGAUGAGGUGGGACUGUCUGCUCUGCGGAGAGUUCUCACUGCUAACGCCUACAGGAACCCUACCAUAGGGUACUGCCAGGGCAUCAACAUGGUCACGAGCGUCCUCCUUCUCUACUUGAAUGAGGAAGAGGCCUUCUUCCUACUGUCGGCCAUUUGUGAUCGUCUGCUUCCGGAUUAUUACAAUGUCAAGGUCGUCGGAGUCUUAGUGGACCAGGGAGUCUUCUCUGAACUGAUAGAGCGCUACAUGUCGCAGCUCUCUGGGCAACUUGACAAGCUGAACCUCAUCAGCCUGAUCUCUCUCUCCUGGUUUCUCACUAUCUUCUUGAGCGUCCUUCCAUUUGAACAAGCCCUGAAUAUUAUGGAUUGCUUUUUUUAUGACGGAGCUAAGGUCAUAUUCAUCAUAUCACUGAUGAUAAUGGACUACUUGAAAGAUGACUUGAUUAAUUGCGGAGACGAAGGCGGAGCUUUGCUGCUAGUCAAUCAUUUUAUAAAUAGCCUAACCGGUCGCAAUCCAAGAAUAUACCACUCGAAAAACCCGGAUUGUUUGGAGAGUAAGAUGAGAGAUAGUGAUGAUGGUGGUGAGAGUAUUCGAGGGAAGUAUGAGAAGGCCUUUAGCAGUGAUAACGGUGAUGAUAGGCCUCUGGACGUAAGCGCCCUCAUUUACCAGGCCUACUCCAAGUUCGGCCAGAUAACGAACGAAGAAAUAAACAAGUUGAGACUUAAGCAUAGGAUCAAAGUGGUCCAGAGCCUUGAAGAUUCGUCGAUGAAGAAUGUACUGAGUAGCAUAUCCAACGAAACAUCAUUCAGUCACGACAUUUUCGAUAAAUUCGACCCAAGGAAACCCUUCUACGAACAGUAUACCCUGCCUUUUGAACAAUUUCGCACUCUUUUUUUGGCCCUCUUGCCAUGGGGAUGUGGAAGCUUGGGGGACGUGUUGGCUCUCAGGAGUUUUAGGCUGGUCGAUGAGAAACAAGAUGGCCUGGUGAACUUUCGAGGCUUUGUGCACGUGCUCGGACCAAUCAUGAGCUCUGAUAUCUUUGAAAAACUGUCAUUUAUCUACAGACUUCACUUACCUCCCGCCUUAUUGGACGAUGAGUGCGCUGACCUGACUCGACAGAUUCAGCAGUGGAUGCUUUGGAAUAUUUCAUAUCGAGUCCAAACAAGAAGGAGGAAGAACAGUUCAACAGCAGCAGAGGCAACCGCAGCAGCGGCAGCAUCAGCAGCUGCAAUGAUGACAUCGACAUCGCCUCCACGUUCACACACAAUUUUCUUCUCACUGGACAUUGAUAACUAUAAUGAUGAUUCCGCUUCUACUGCCUCUUCUUCCAUUACUACUGCCUCUAAUGCUGCUGCUGCUAUUACCACUACUACCAAUGCUGCUUCUACUGCUGCUUCUACUUCUGCUACUGCUGCUUCUACUUCUACUACUGCUGCCGAUGUUAGCGUGAAACCACAUUCAAAGGAGAGGAAUGCUGAUGGGACAAUCUCCUGCAAGAACAGGUCCAAACAGCUGCCGAACAUGAGACAGGAUCAGUUCAUCCAGUUAUGCAAGACCAUGUACGGAAUGUUCCUGAACGCUCCCAAUGAACAAUCCCUCUACCAUUCCAUUGCGACGGUUGCCAGCUUGCUCCUGCAAAUCGGAGAGGCGGGGAAAAAAAUUCGAAAAUUGAAAGCAGCCAAUCAGACGAGUUCAUCUUGCACACUUGAUCAGCUAUUGGUCAGGUCCAAGCACUCCUCUGCCAGUGAUAUUAAUUCAAUUCCUUGUGUUAUUGGUUUUCUGCCAGCCAAUGAACUUUUGCCUUUUGAAGUUACUAAUCAAUUGGGCGGGAGCUUGAUUUCUCAGGUUGAAAACAUUUCAAACAUUCCUAACGACGAUGACGUCAUUAACAGUAUUCCAAAAAACAAUUGCCUCAACGACGGGUGCAGUAUUACAGCUGCUGACAACAGCCAAUCGAACAAUAUGACUACGCCCAUAUCAAACGCCGAAGACGAUGAUUGGUCGAUCACUUUUGAACAGUUUGUAGCCUCCAUGCUGACUGAACCACCAAUCGUCACAUUCUUCGAGAACCAAUCAUCUUUGAAGGAUUUAAUAUCAACCUACCAAUCGCGUAAAUUUACCAGACAAACGCAUGCCGUAUCGUGUUCAUUUGAUUGAAAUGAAUGAAAAUUAUGAAUAAUAGAAAUAAUAAAAACAAAUAAUAAUAAUAUUAAUACGAUCGGAAAUUGAUAACAAAGAUUACGAAUUGGAAUAGUCUGAAAAUUUGUGACCGAUGCAAAUUUAUUUAUUCAUUGAUUCGAAAAAAAACUCUUACUUGUGACUAAUAAAUAUAUUAAUGUGUGAGUGCGUGUGUGCAUGUGCGUGCGUGUGUGUUAAAUUUUUGGUCACAUGUUGGUAUAUUAUUCAUUUGUUUAUCCAUCAAUCAAUUUUAUAUCGCCUUGGAAAGAUACAUUUUUUUCAUUUUAUUCUCACCAUCUGUAACUUAUAUUGAUGAGGAUGAUGAUGAUGGUGGUUAUGAUAAUGGUGGUAGGUGAUGAUGGUUAUGAUGACGAUUAUAAUGAUGGGGGUAGGUAUUGAUGGUGAUGAUGAUGAUGAUGAUGGGUAUUGAUGAUGAUGGUGGUGGUGAUGGGGAUAGUUAGAAAAAUGAUGAUGGUGAUAUAGUCAAUUUUGAUAAAAAAAAUGUGAGAAUUGAUUGAUUAUGAUUGCGUACAUGAAGACGGAGUCAAAAACGGAUGGAUGGUCUUGGUAAUGAUGAUUAAGAAGUUAUUGUUAUUAUUAUUAUUAUGAUGACGAUGAUGAUGGUGAUGAUGAUGGCGACGAUGAUGAUGACGAUAUUAUUUCCAUCAUUUUAUAUGUUAACUUUCUGCUGUUAUUCUUUUCUAACUUAUACCUUUUUAUUGAUUUUAAUUUAUUUA